CUCGAGCCGCACGCGAGAUUUUCGCGGAAUUCCGACAAUUACCACCGCACCUUUUCUCCGCAAAGAGGUCUCGGUGAUAGCAAACUCUAAAUACCGAUACGCGCGAUUACAACGACCAACACAUAUAGAUCUACAUACAUUGUAGUUCAGCCUCCUUAUAUUCAGGCCUACAACAUUCCCUUGACAUCAUGAACAUUAGUGCUGGCUUUCUUCGACUCACUACUCCUCGAUUCAGUAGAUCACUUGCAACUGUAGCGCAUACCCCCCGCAGCUCGGGACUGCUAAGACAUGACUGGACGCGACAAGAAAUCCAAAAGAUUUACGACAGUCCUCUGUUAGACCUCGUCUUCCGCGCCAGCAGCAUCCAUCGUCAAAAUCAUGACCCUAGUAAGAUCCAGCUAUGCACACUUAUGAACAUCAAGACUGGUGGAUGCUCUGAGGACUGCUCAUACUGUUCUCAGUCAUCCAGAUAUUCCACUCCGACGAAGGCCUCGCGAUUGCUUGAUAUUGAACCUGUCAUCGAAGCAGCGCGAAAGGCCAAGGAGAAUGGAAGCACAAGGUUUUGCAUGGGUGCAGCAUGGAGAGACCUCGCAGGACGCAAGAGAGGGUUCGAAAGAAUUCUUCAAAUGGUCCGAGAGGUCCGGGGCAUGGGGAUGGAAGUGUGCACGACUCUCGGCAUGCUCACUCCAGAACAAGCAAAGCAGUUGAAAGAGGCCGGCCUCACUGCAUACAAUCACAAUUUGGAUACGUCGCGUGAAUUUUACCCGCAGGUUAUCACGUCGCGGUCAUACGAUGAGCGCCUGGACACCAUCAGCGCAGUCCGAGAUGCUGGAAUUAGCGUCUGCUCUGGCGGUAUAUUAGGUCUUGGAGAAUCAGAUGAAGAUCGCGUCGGCUUGAUUAAGGAAGUUGCUAACAUGCCGGAACAUCCUGAAUCCUUCCCUGUCAAUGCACUCGUACCCAUACCAGGCACUCCACUUGAAGGAAAUGAGCGGGUUCCCCAUCAUACUUUACUGCGGACCAUCGCCACCGCGCGUGUUGUCCUUCCAGGAACAAUAAUUAGACUUGCAGCGGGGAGAAACACGCUCAGUGAAUCUGAGCAGGCCAUGUGUUUCAUGGCAGGCGCCAACGCUGUAUUCACGGGAGAACAGAUGUUGACCACUCCAUGUUCUCCAUGGGACGAGGACAAGGCAAUGAUGGGUAGGUGGGGUCUAGAGGGAAUGCAAAGCUUUGAGCAAGCAAGCGUCGCAAGAAAGGAAGGCAGUGCACUACCACAAACUCGGAGGACAGCCUCAGAGUUGCAAGCAGAAUUGUCCUAGAAUCCUGCCGUCAGGAGACUAGUUAACAAGGGAGAUCCCUUCACUAUGUAAUAAGUAGGCUGACGAUUUGUAUAUGUACGUGCAUCUACAUAUCGACAUUUCUUCGCAAUCACUGGUAUUUUGGCUGCGGCAUCACCAUUUCCAAAUGCAACUGAUCGCAGCGGACAGGUCAUCGUCGAUCAGAUGUAUUUACUUGUACUCGGCUAUUGGGACCUUCAUUGUGCGCAUUGUUGGCGCUAGGCGCUGCUCCAGUGGCAGCUCGUAUGUUCAGGAUGAGUGGCAACUUGAACAGCA